GUGUGUGGGUCAGUCCGUCGUCAUCGGUCCGAGCGCCCUAACCACACGUUUGGACUCGUUCCCGCAAAGUACCCGCGGUAUCACGCCGCGAGUUUCACACGGACCGGACCGGACGGACGCGAAGCACCGCGGGUUUUCCUCACCAUUUUAUACCGUACGUUGUAUUGCCGUUUUCCAUUUAUCACGCGUACGGACAUGACCGUCCGGCGACCGGUCCGCGGAAACUGCAGUCGCGUUGCGAUUUUCUCGCAGUAAUAACGUUCGCACCGUUACCUGCCGCACGACAAUAAAAUAAUACGUAUAGAUAUACAGUGUUGUUAUUAUGGGCAACAAAUGCUGCAAGAACCAGUCGUCCACGUACAGUAGCGCCAACGCGACCAUCAGGUCGUUCUCGUCGUAUAACUCUUCGAUCCUCCGGUCGGGCGGAAGUCAUGCAAUCACUUUUGGAACCUCUACUCGUGCUGGUGAUUCCUUGACCACCCUCACCAUGAAGUCGAGUAACCACUCGGAUGCCGAAAGUAAGGAUUACCCGGGUGGUUCAUCGAGCACCAUUGGCCAAGAAGAUCUGAUUCCAAUUUUUUUGAGACGCCUUAAUGACCUUAAUAUAAGAGUCGGAACCAGAACUAGGUUUUUGAUCGAACUCGAUGACGCUACGGGUGUUCAGGUUCGUUGGUAUCAUAACAAUGUAGAGGCUUACAGUGAAAGAUACCAAUACAUUCACGAAGGAGGUUUUUAUUGUUUGGACAUUGUUCCUGUGACGUUAUUCGACGAAGGUCUAUGGGUAUGUACCGCGCAAAACUACGCCGGUAAAUCAUCGACCGCCGCUCAUUUAUCGCUUACCGUUCCUAAAGCGUUCAAAAAACCAAUUUUCGUCGAACAAUUGAAAGCAGUGUUGACGCAACGCGGAAUCGUCUCACUGGAGUGCAAGGUAAUCGGCGUCCCGACGCCCAAAUUACGAUGGUACAAAGACGACAAGGAGAUCAAAGCCGGCGACAUAUUCGCGCUAACAGCGAAUUCCGAAGAAGACUGCCUGGGAAUUUACACGUGUGAGGCGACAAAUGUCAUGGGCACCGCGCUGUCUACGUCAAAAAUACAAGUGACUCACACACCACUCGAUGGAAACCGUGACGCAGACAGCCUCAUACCAUACGGACCGCCACCGAAGUUCAUGAAAUUUUUAAAAGAUUCGUCCGGUAAAGUCGGCAGUGUACUAUUUUUAGAAUGUCAAGUCGAAGUACCACCAUGGCCCCGAAGUAUUGGAUGGUAUAACGAUAAUGGAAUAGUAAACGAAGGACCGUUGUACCACCUGAUGGCUGAUGGCUUGGGCAUGUACGGCGUAGAAAUAAAAUCGCUCAGAGCCGAUCACAGCACUACUUGGAAAUGUAUUGCUACCAGUUCGACGGGAGCAAAGGCCGUCACUUCCUGUGUAGUUUCAGUGUCAUACCCAAAGAAUUACCGGGUGCCAAGAUUUUUAGAAAGUCUAAGGGCGAUCAUGACCGACGAAGGUUUAGUAAGCUUUGAAUGCAAAGUCAUCGGAUACCCCACACCACAACUGUCCUGGUUUAAAGACGGCAAACAACUUCAACCCGGAGACGUUUAUGAGUUAACUGGAAGUAAAUCUUUAGGUAGUUACUGUUGUGUCGCCCGAAAUUGUAUGGGCGAAACAAGUAGCAUUGCUGAACUUACGAUAGAAGACAUCCAAAAUCAAUUGAACGAAAGUGAAAAACUCCAAUUAACGUCAAAUACACAGCCCCCACGAUUUUUAUUGGGACUUAAGAGUAUUGAGGCUAACAUAAAUGAAUCUUUUGUUUUUACGAUCAAAGUUACAACUGAAUCUACACCUUCAAUCAGCUGGUAUAAAGAAGACGAACAAUUAACUGAAUCAAAUCGAUACCAAUUUUCUACUGAAGACAAUGGGACAUAUAUGCUAAGUAUAUUGCCACUCGAAAUUGAUGAUCAAGCUGAAUGGAAGUGUGUAGCAAUCAAUAAGUAUGGCCAAACUGUAACGUCUAGUUUUUUGAAGUUAAAUAUUCCAAAAACUUUCAAAAGUCCAAGAUUCCUCGAGGAACUGAGAAUAGCAUUUUCGAACGAGGGUUCGGUUAAUUUGGAGUGCAAAGUGAUAGGUGUUCCACAACCGCAACUAAAAUGGUUCAAAGAUGGCCAAGAACUAAAUCCAGGUGAUAUGCACAAAAUUAUUUCGGGCCAAAGCGGUACAUGCUGUCUGGGAACUUAUACAUGCCAGGCACAUAACUGUAUGGGUACGGUAUCCAGUUCAGCAACACUAUUAACAAUGGAAGAUAAGUCCACGGUCAAAUCAUGCGCUUCCGAAGAGUAUCUGUCCGUUGGAAAUCCGCUUGUACGAAAUGAAUCUCUGUCAACAAUUCCUGAAGAGCGAACAAGCCAAAUGGAAAAGUCAUACACUAUCGAAGAACCUGCCGAUAUAUCGUUUUCAUUUGACGGCAAAGAAGUGACUGUUUCACUUUAUGAAACUCCGGACCUAACGCAUGAUGAAGCAUUGCAAAUCAUUGAAAUGUAUGCAGAUGAACUUUCUGAACAUAUAUCAGAAGACAAUGUUGUUGAUUUACCGUCGUUGCGAAUUGUAAAAGAAUCGUCGAUUUCCGGACCAGUUAUGAUGGAAGCUUUGGUUAUAGACGUACCUAUUGAUUUUUGUAGACAACAAAUAGUAUCAGACACUGAAUUCGAUGGUGUUUCGCUGACCGAAGAUAUAACGCUUGCAAAUAAUGAUAAAAGCGAUAGUAUAUGUGAAAACAGUCUGGAAUAUUUUUCAGACCACUUGUCGUCUGGAAAUUCGAAACGUGAGGUAUUUUACAGCGCUAGUGAGACGACGCCUAAAAAUUUAUCAAUACUAUUAAAACAGCAAUCGGUAGAAGAUGAAGAUGGACAUCAGUCUUUCCAGACACCAAAACUAUUUAUGUCAGACUCUGACGAUCAGAUUUUAACGCAAUUGAAAUUGGAUGAAAUAAUUUCACCUCAGAAUUCUAGACACGUAAUUGGGUCGUUUGCUCGGUCCGAGAGCAAUAACACCGAAGAAGAAGUGUCAGAAACACUAGCUGAAAUAGAAAACGAACCACCAUUAUCGCAUAAUUAUUGCGCAUCUGAAAUUGUAACUCAAUCUGACGAAGAUGGAUUAUAUUCAACAGUAUUGAAUAAAAUACGAGGUAAGGGAAUGGUGAGUGUGGAACUUAGUUCUGAAGAAGACGACGUUUUGAAAAUUAUUUCCAGACCAAAUGUGGACGAGUUUUUAAAAUACAUGAAAAUUAUUUUGGAAGGAGCUAUAGUAAAGAUGCAGACGCACGAGAAUUUUAAUUUUACUAGUACGACGACUGAACUUGAACGAUCGAUUCAAGCUCUACAUUCCCUUGCUUGGAAAUUCAUCGAAGAAACGGAAAGAAACCACUUAACAGACUUGGACAAAAACACUGCAGAUAAUGUUUCGAGUUUAAUGACUGCAAUAAACGCGAGUUUGUUAGCGUUAGAACAAAUCGAUGAUCCAUUUGGUGUUUCGGACAACGUAUUAAAUGAAAUUCAAUCGUCAGUAUGUUUCGAUUUAGAAACGCUUAACAAUAGCGAUCUUCCCGCAUCAGUAAUUUUAGAUCGUUUGUCAGAUCAAAUUAAAAAUUUCAUAAUCGUUGUCAAUAGACAAGUCACUCGAGUCACAGAACAACGUAUUAUAGCUGUGUUACAAAAUACAAUCGGCACUACUUUGGUGUAUAUUAAAACGCUACAACAGAACAAUUCUAAAAUAAAAUGCGUGGACGUAAAUUUAUUGGCACCUUUAUUUUCGAUGGUACAACCAUUAGAAACAAUUUUAAAUGAUAUAGCUCUCAUAGAAGAAUCAUCAAUAGACGAUAACAAACCUAAUCUUAAAUUAAAGCAAAUAUUAAUACCUCCAAUUAGUUCUAUUGCGUUUGCUUUAGACAAUUUAAAUACAGCAUUAAAAAGUGAUAGUUCGAACGACGAUCAGGAUUUGAAAGAUAUCUACGAUAGAAUAAAUGAAUCAACAAAUCAAUUUAUGAUAAUCGCUUCGCAAGGCAUGGACAGUAAUAAAAUAGCUGAGUGUUUCAUAUCAUUCACAAAACCUAUUAACGAUUUAUGUUGUCAUCUAAGACGGCUAGGUAGAUCAACAGAAAAUAUUGUGUCUUCUGAUUACGGAUCAGACGACAAACUUUUACUAGAUUUUGAAACACUUUUCGAUGAACUGAUGAUGGAUAUUGACACAUUGAUCAACAAUGUAAAUUUUGUCCAAGAUUCUGAGAAUAAUAUGAAUCCUCUAGGAUCCUUAUUAGAACCUUUGCAAGAUAUGAAAAUCGGUUUAUUUCAAGUUAACCAAGUUUUACUUUCGAAUCAAACCGGCUCAACCAUGAGUUAUGAAGUUGUGAGUUGUUUUGAACAUUUAUCUCAGCAAUUAGUUCAACUAAACAAUUGUAUUGUGAACCAAUCUAUAGUAGAAGAAACAGAUAAAGAAAUCCCAUUUGAAUCUUCAAUAAAAAUGAUGCAAAAAAUUCUUUUCGAUGAUGCUAUAGAUGAUUUAGGUGUAAACGGAAUACUUUUUGGUAGUGUUAUGAAACCCCUAUUGCAACUUCAAAAUCUUAUUGUUUCAAAAAUGGCUUCAGUAGAAAGUGAUCUUAGUUUUUCAGAACAUACUGAUGUUACAGGUGGGGCUUGUGAUACUCAAUCAUUGAGCUUGUCCUUGUCAAAUAAUGCACAAACCGUCUUCAAUAAAACUAUCGAUGAGAACUCUAAAAAUGGUUUAACUGAAUCAUCAAUAAUAGAUAAAGAUUGUGAUAAACAAAAUAAUAUACAUACAGAUAAUUCUGAAAUAAACAAAGAUUCAAUACAUUUUGAAAAUAACAUUAAUAAUGAUUUGAUUAUAAAAAGAGGUUUCGAAUGUGAUAUUGGUGAAACAUUUAAAUAUGAAGAGCCAAAUAUUAUAACAUCUGAAGAUGAUCGUGAUAAUUCUGGUUUUGAAGCACUAUUUGAUGAAACUGAUUUAGAAACGAUAAGUGAUUUCGUCGAAGAUAGAUGUAUGGAAAAUAUUAUAAAUUCCAAGAUUGAUCAUAAAUUAUCAGAUUUAUUUAUGAGUGAAAAUGAUAUUGAAACGGUGCAAAAGGAAAUCAAUGAUAUUAUUCCGGAACAUAUAUUAGAAUCAUUAGAAAAAAAUAAUCAACAGGACUUCAUUUUGAAUUCACCAGUUGAUUUAUUCGAUGAACUUCAAGAGACAUUAAAAAACAUGUCUGAAGUGGCACAAGAUAAAUUGACUGAAAUCUAUGCUUUGGAUAAUAAUACAUCCAGCAUUAAUGAUUUACAAAAAAAUAAUUCAAAAUAUGAUGAUCAGCUUUGCGAUAAAACCAAUAACUUAUUAGAUAAUUCAUUAGAUGUAGCAAAAUUAAAUAAUUCAACAAUUAUAAGAUCUGAUGAAUUAACCAAACAAAAUAUAAUAGAAUUGUCUGAAAUGAACAGCGAAGAAUUGAAUCAAUGUAACAAAAUCAUUUUAAAAACAGAUCAAAACGAAACAUUAAAAAACAAAGACAUAAGCAUUAGUGAUCAAGAUAUUUAUAAAGAAGAGAAAGUAUUUGAAGUAGGAAAGGUUGAAGAUUUAGUAGAUAAUUUCGAAUGUUUAGACUCAGAUAAAUCAAUAUCCAAUAACACAGUUAUUACAGUCAAUGAAAUUUCUGAAUCAAGUGAAGUUAAAAUGAAAGAAGUUGAUAAUACCGAAAAUUUAGAAACUACAGUUAAUCUAAUUUCAUCUACAACUGGAAAUGUUUCACAAAUAGUAGAUGUGUCGGAUGAAAAUUCAUCAUUCAUAACCUCUAUAAAUAAUGUAGUGUCAAAAAUAAAUGACAACGAUGAAGCUUUAACAGAUUUAUCAGAUAUCAAAAAUGACAUUUUAGAUUCUAAUAUAAAAUAUGUUUCGAAUGAAGAUAUUAUAAUUGUUGCUAAUAAGUUAAAUGACUCAGAGAAACUGAAUUUAUUAAAUUACGAUUGUGAUACAGAAAAUAAAGAUGCACUGUUGACAAAAAAAAUUGAUGAGCUAUCGAUCACAGAUAAUUUUUCUCAUAAUGCAUUUCAACAAGAUAAUACUGUCAUAAAUAAUAUUGAUUCUAUUCAUAAUUUAGGGACGGAUAUGGCCAUUCAAGUAGCACAAACUAGCAUUGGAAAUGAAGUUAACAUGGAAAAAGAUAAUAAAUUAAUUCCAAUGGAUAAAAGCACUAAUUCAGAAGAAUUAAAUAAAGUUUUAGCAACAUUUGUACAUGAAAAAAACGAUUUAACACUAGCAACUAAUUUAUUAAUAGAAGAUCAUAAUACUUCGAUCGUUAAUGAAACAUCGAAUGAAAUCAAACAAUGUGAUAAUAGAGAUAUUAUAAAUAAAAAUAAUUGCACUAUUGAAGAAAGAGAAACAUCUAUAAAAGAACCAACGUCAUCCAUAGAUUCUAUUCAUUUAAUGACAGCUAUUGAAAAUAAUAUUAUCGAGGGUACUACUGAAAUACAAGAUAGUAAUAACGAAAAAUUGAGUUUAGUAAAAUAUGAAUAUAAUGAUUCUAACGCAUUUGAAAUUGACCAAGAUAUUGAUUCCGAUAAUAUAUCACACCAUGAUAUGCAACCAAACAUAAAUACAACUUCUACAACUGAUAAUAAACAAAGUGUUAGUUAUUCUCCUAUAAGUGAAAACAUAGUAAAUCCGAUAACAGAAUCAAAUGUUCAUCAAACUGAAGAAUAUGUUCAAAAUUCGUCUAACCAAUUUAUUGAUGAAAUACAAAAUCAAAAAAAUGAAAGUGAAUUAAUUAAUGAAGAUGUCCAACAGAAGUGUUUUAAUGUUCAACAAAAGAACAUUUUAGAGCUAUCUAAUAAAGAAGUAAAAGCUAUCGAUGAAUUAAACGAGCAAUGUGAAAUUUUAUCAGAAAUGAAAUUGAAUAAUGAAAUAGAAUAUAUUAAUUCGAAAAUAGUUUUAUCAACAGAGAUAAUUUGUCCGGAAAAUAUGAUUGAUAAUAAAAAUGUGGUCGAACAAUGUGUUUUAGAUAAAUCAAACCAUGUUGAUGGUUUAUGUACAACGCAGAAUAACAUUGACAAGUGUGAUGAUAUUAUCUUACCAGUUACUGAAGUUAUGACUGAAAAAAUUGAAUCAAAUAUAUUAGAAAAACAAUUAGUAAUAACUAGCUCAAAUGUCGAAGAAAAUAAAAAUGAAGCUGAAAAAUCAAAACAAAAUAGAAAAGUAUGUGAAAAUAAUGAAAUUAUUGACAAUACAGGAACUAAAUUUAAAACAGAUGUAACUAAUAAUUUUGAAAAUUUAGUUCAUUUGACUUUAAAUGAAGAAGAAAUGAGUUCCGAUAAGAAAAUCAAUUCAUGUUCUGAAAACGAAAUAACAGAAAUAUCAAUGAACAACGAAGAAAAGUAUAUCAAUACAUUAAAUAAGUCUUUUAAGAAUACUUCGGAGAAUACACAACCAAUUGAUCCAUAUACAUUUGAAGAAAAUCGUGUUGAAAUACAAUUCAAAGAAAAUAUUAAUUCUGGAAAUGAGCAUACCACAGUUUUAGACGAUAAAGACAAAAUGAUAAGUAAUUUAGAGCUCUUAGAAAGUAAAAAUAAAGUUUUAUACUUUCCGGAUGAGACUAUCAAUAACGACAUAGAGAAAUCUUGUUGUGAAAUAGAAUACAUACAAAAUGAUAGUUCCAAAAUAAUCAAUGAAUUGCCAAAUAUUAUGGUUGAACACACCACUGCUUUAAUAUGUAAUGAAAUGAUUUCAGUAUCUAACGUUGAAUUGAUGGAUUCAGUUGUUAUUGAUUUUGAAAAUAUCAAAGAACAGUACGAGAUAGAAUUAAAUGAUCCCGAUUCUAAAAAUAUAGAAGUUUUAGAAAAUACUAUCGAUACAAUAGAUAAAAUCAAUCGGCAAAACGAUGAUGAGGAAAUAGUGAUCAACGAUGAAUCAAUAUCAAUGCUUUUGAACACAAAUAAUUUAAUUAACGAUGAAAACAAAGGAAAAUCUAUUACAAAAGAAUAUAAUGAAAUUCAAACUUUAAAAUUAAUUGAUGAAAAAUCUAAUUCUGACAGUUAUGUAGACGAUACUAACGGCAUUUUAAAAGCAAUGAAUAAUCUAAACAUAGAAAAUAAAGAAGGAAAUAUAUUGACAAAAUCACAGCCGUCUGAUGAAAAUGUGAUUAAAGUUUCUUUAACUGAAAAUGAUUUAAUAGCAAACAUUAUUGAUAUGGAAACAACAAAAAUUAAAACUGAUAAUGAAGUAGAUAGUUGUAAAACAAUUGCUUCUGAAAAUGACUUAGCUAAACAUAAAAGUUCAUUUUUGGUCAAUGAUAAUAAAGAAGAUUGUAAAGAAAUCACAAGUUACCCAAAUACAUGUAAUAAAAUCUCUAAUGAAAAUAAUAUAAACCAACCCAAAGAUUUUACUGAAUGUCAAACAAAGGCCAUCUUAGAGAACUUUGACACUUUAGAAAAAGAUUCACACGAAGAAACUGAGUUAUCAAAUACAAUAAGCAAUGAGGAGAAAUCAAGUAGAAUUGAAGGUGAUUUAGAAGUAAAUGAAACAAGUGAAUGUUUAUUACUCAAUAAAGACAUUGAUUGUAAAAUUAUGGAAAAACUUAAUAUUGAUUUUUCUGUAGAUGAAAGUUUGCAGAUUGACACUGAUAUCGAUAUUAAAGCUCAACAAAAUAAUAAUUCCAAAAAUGAAACGCUAGAUGUGUCAGUUUACAGCACGGAACAAGUAAAUGUAAUGCCUAAAAAUUAUCCAGAUAAAAAUCAUAGCGUUGAAAGUAAUUUAACUUUUGAAGUUCAAGGAAAUUCAAGUAAUACCAUAAAUGACAAUGAAGAAAAUGAACACUCUAUAAUAAAACUUGAAAAUAUAAAUGCCGAUGAAGAUAUAUUGAUAAACAAAGUAAAAAUAAAUAAUCAAAUUGAUAUUAUGACUGCUGUUGAGAAUAAUGUCAAUCUUUUAAAUGAUACUAUAUUUGAGGACGGAGUCAAUGAUUUGUCUGCUAAAGAAUCAUUAAGUUCUCUCUCUAUAAUGACAGAAUUGCAUUGUAUAGAAAAAGUUGCAGCUAAUCAAAUUGAAUGCGUGAUGUUAGAAAAUACAAAUAUAUUGAAACAGGAUGAACUUAAUGCUACAGAAAAUGUUAACCAAUAUGCACAAGUGGAACAUGAAUUAAACAUCGCUGCCAUUGGAAACAUAAUAAUAGACUAUGAUAGUAUAAAAGAACAUUCAAUAACUUCAGAUGACGAAAAAAAUAGUAUAGAAAAUGCAACUAUGAAUCUAAAUUUAGAUGACCAUUCGUUUAAAAUUGUAUCGACCAUUGUUGAUGUUUUAAAUGCGCCUACUAAUGAUACGAUCAUAAAUAAUGAACAAACUGUAAUGAAUGAAGUGUCUAAAGAUUCUAUAAGCGUGACGACGCUUUUAUGUGAAAACAAAAAUCCUGAAAAUUUGAUGGUUGUAAUACUAAAUGAUGAAACUGAAAAUUCAGAUAAUUUUGUCAAAGAAAAUGUUCAAUGUAAAAUUGAAGUAGAUAUAAAACAGACAUUGAGUUCCAAAUCGAUAGAAUCACCAUCAACAUCUAUACCAACAAAUAAUAUUAGUGUAAAAGAAAAUAAAAUAAACACAACGGAAAUUAUCAAUAAAACUUUAGAUGAAAGAAAUGUUAUGCUAUCAGAUGAAAACAAAAACACCGAAGAAAAUAUAACUGAAUUAAUAUCUGAAGAAAUAUUGGAAAAUGUUCUUAAAACUGAUGAUAAAAAUAAAAAUAUAAAGAAUAAUGAAAUAGAUAACAAUGACGAAAAAUUGCAUAAAGAUGAAAUAGAAAUAGAUAAGACCAAACGAAGAAGUAACAAAAAGAAAUCAAGCUCACCAUCAGAAGAUAAAAAAUCACCUUCACCUGAUAAAACAAAAAAUGAUGUAAUUGAUAAAACAAAAAAUAUCGAUAUAAGAAAUAAAAAACUGUCAGACGACAAUAAUGAUACUGAGAAAGUUAUUGAAGUUGAAUUGAGUAAAUUAGAACCGAAAAUUUCUUUAGACAAUAAUAAGAACACAGAAGAAGUCAUUGAGAAAGAUGUUUUGAUUGAUGAUCAAAAUCAAAAUCAAAAGGAUAACAAAAUAGAUAACGGUGACAUACAAUUUACUGAAAGUGAAAUAGAAUUAAAUAAGACCAAACGUGGAAGUAAGAAAAAGAAACCAAGCCUACCAUCAGAAGAUAAAAAAUCACCUUCACCUGAUAAAACAAAAAAUGAUGUAAUUGUUAGUGAAAAGGAAAUUGAUAAAACAAAAAAUAUCGAUACAAGUAAUGUAGAAAAAAAUAAAAUACUGUCAGACGACAAUAAUGACACUGAGAAAGUUGAAAUUGAAUUGAGUAAAGUAGAACCGAAAAUUUCUUUAGACAAUAAUAAGAACACAGAAGAAGUCAUUGAGAAAGAUGUUUUGAUUGAUGAUCAAAAUCAAAAGGAUAACAAAAUAGAUAACGGUGACAUACAAUUUACUGAAAGUGAAAUAGAAUUAAAUAAGACCAAACGUGGAAGUAAGAAAAAGAAACCAAGCCUACCAUCAGAAGAUAAAAAAUCACCUUCACCUGAUAAAACAAAAAAUGAUGUAAUUGAUAAAACAAAAAAUAUCGAUAUAAGAAAUAAAAAACUGUCAGACGACAAUAAUGAUACUGAGAAAGUUAUUGAAGUUGAAUUGAGUAAAUUAGAACCGAAAAUUUCUUUAGACAAUAAUAAGAACACAGAAGAAGUCAUUGAGAAAGAUGUUUUGAUUGAUGAUCAAAAUCAAAAUCAAAAGGAUAACAAAAUAGAUAACGGUGACAUACAAUUUACUGAAAGUGAAAUAGAAUUAAAUAAGACCAAACGCGGAAGUAAGAAAAAGAAACCAAGCCUACCAUCAGAAGAUAAAAAAUCACCUUCACCUGAUAAAACAAUAGAUGAUGUAAUUGUUAGUGAAAAGGAAAUUGAUAAAACAAAAAAUAUCGAUACAAGUAAUGUAGAAAAAAAUAAAAUACUGUCAGACGACAAUAAUGAUACUGAGAAAGUUGAAGUUGAAUUGAGUAAAGUAGAACCGACAAUUCCUUUAGACAAUAAUAAGAACACAGAAGAAGUCAUUGAGAAAGAUGUUUUGAUUUAUGAUCAAAAUCAAAAUCAAAAGGAUAACAAAAUAGAUAACGGUGACAUACAAUUUACUGAAAGUGAAAUAGAAUUAAAUAAGACCAAACGUGGAAGUAAGAAAAAGAAAUCAAGCUUACCAUCAGAAGAUAAAAAAUCACCUUCACCUGAUAAAACAAAAAAUGAUGUAAUUGAUAAAACAAAAAAUAUCGAUAUAAGAAAUAAAAAACUGUCAGACGACAAUAAUGAUACUGAGAAAGUUGAAAUUGAAUUGAGUAAAGUAGAACCGACAAUUUCUUUAGACAAUAAUAAGAAUACAGAAGAAGUAAUCGAGAAAGAUGUUUUGAUUGAUGAUCAAAAUCAAAAUCAAAAGGAUAACAAAAUAGAUAACGGUGACAUACAAUUUACUGAAAGUGAAAUAGAAUUAAAUAAGACCAAACGUGGAAGUAAGAAAAAGAAACCAAGCCUACCAUCAGAAGAUAAAAAAUCACCUUCACCUGAUAAAACAAUAGAUGAUGUAAUUGUUAGUGAAAAGGAAAUUGAUAAAACAAAAAAUAUCGAUACAAGUAAUGUAGAAAAAAAUAAAAUACUGUCAGAUGACAAUAAUGAUACUGAGAAAGUUGAAGUUGAAUUGAGUAAAGUAGAACCGACAAUUCCUUUAGACAAUAAUAAGAACACAGAAGAAGUCAUUGAGAAAGAUGUUUUGAUUUAUGAUCAAAAUCAAAAUCAAAAGGAUAACAAAAUAGAUAACGGUGACAUACAAUUUACUGAAAGUGAAAUAGAAUUAAAUAAGACCAAACGUGGAAGUAAGAAAAAGAAAUCAAGCUUACCAUCAGAAGAUAAAAAAUCACCUUCACCUGAUAGAACAAAAAAUGAUGUAAUUGAUAAAACAAAAAAUAUCGAUAUAAGAAAUAAAAAACUGUCAGACGACAAUAAUGAUACUGAGAAAGUUGAAAUUGAAUUGAGUAAAGUAGAACCGACAAUUUCUUUAGACAAUAAUAAGAAUACAGAAGAAGUAAUCGAGAAAGAUGUUUUGAUUGAUGGUCAAAAUCAAAAUCAAAAGGAUAACAAAAUAGAUAACGGUGACAUACAAUUUACUGAAAGUGAAAUAGAAUUAAAUAAGACCAAACGUGGAAGUAAGAAAAAGAAACCAAGCCUACCAUCAGAAGAUAAAAAAUCACCUUCACCUGAUAAAACAAUAGAUGAUGUAAUUGUUAGUGAAAAGGAAAUUGAUAAAACAAAAAAUAUCGAUACAAGUAAUGUAGAAAAAAAUAAAAUACUGUCAGAUGACAAUAAUGAUACUGAGAAAGUUGAAGUUGAAUUGAGUAAAGUAGAACCGACAAUUCCUUUAGACAAUAAUAAGAACACAGAAGAAGUCAUUGAGAAAGAUGUUUUGAUUUAUGAUCAAAAUCAAAAUCAAAAGGAUAACAAAAUAGAUAACGGUGACAUACAAUUUACUGAAAGUGAAAUAGAAUUAAAUAAGACCAAACGUGGAAGUAAGAAAAAGAAAUCAAGCUUACCAUCAGAAGAUAAAAAAUCACCUUCACCUGAUAGAACAAAAAAUGAUGUAAUUGAUAAAACAAAAAAUAUCGAUAUAAGAAAUAAAAAACUGUCAGACGACAAUAAUGAUACUGAGAAAGUUGAAAUUGAAUUGAGUAAAGUAGAACCGACAAUUUCUUUAGACAAUAAUAAGAAUACAGAAGAAGUAAUCGAGAAAGAUGUUUUGAUUGAUGGUCAAAAUCAAAAUCAAAAGGAUAACAAAAUAGAUAACGGUGACAUACAAUUUACUGAAAGUGAAAUAGAAUUAAAUAAGACCAAACGUGGAAGUAAGAAAAAGAAACCAAGCCUACCAUCAGAAGAUAAAAAAUCACCUUCACUUGAUAAAACAAUAGAUGAUGUAAUUGUUAGUGAAAAGGAAAUUGAUAAAACAAAAAAUAUCGAUACAAGUAAUGUAGAAAAAAAUAAAAUACUGUCAGAUGACAAUAAUGAUACUGAGAAAGUUGAAGUUGAAUUGAGUAAAGUAGAACCGACAAUUCCUUUAGACAAUAAUAAGAAUACAGAAGAAGUAAUUGAAAAAGAUGUUUUGACUGACGAUCAAAAUAAAAGGCAGAAAAAUGACAAAAUUGAUAUAGACGAUAAUAUAAAAUCAACUGAAAAUAAUGUAGAAUUAGUUAAGACCAAACGAGGAAGUAAGAAAAAUGAAUCAAGGCGACGGGAAGAAGAUAAAAAAUCACCUUCGCCAGAAAAAACAAAAAAUAAUAAACUGUCAGAUAAUAAUAACGAUACUGAAAAACUUGGGACUAAACUAGAAUCAGAAGUUCCUAUAGAGAGUAUUAUAAUAAAGGCCGAAGAGUUUGAAGUAAAAUCUAAAACCAAUACAGGUAAUUAUAAAAAUAUUACAAAAAAAAUUGAAAAAGACGUUUCAAAUAAUACUCAAACCAACAAUCAGAAUAAUGAUGACAUCGGUAAAGCCGAAAUAAAAUCAACAGAAAAUUGUGUAGAAAAAGACGGAACGAAACGAGGAAGUAAAAGAGAUGUAUUAAGCUCACGACCAGAAGGAAAAAAAACAACUUCACCUGAUAAAACAAAAAAAAUAACAGAGCAUCUUAAAAUUCAAUCACUAGACGAAAACAAUACCAUAAUAGAGCUAGAAAAACUGCAGAACAAGAGAGACGAAUCGAAGAUUCUAAGAGAAUCCAAACAAACACUGCAAUGUAAAGAAACCGAACCAUCACCAACGUCCCAGAAACUAUCCAAAAAUAAUUACGAGUCCAUCGAUAGCUGUCGAUCUAAAAUUUCCCUGGAAAAUAAUUCUCGGGUAGGAAUGGACAGAAAACAGAUGAACGAGACACGUUCCUUCGUCGAUGUCUUAGUUGACGAUGGAGGACAACGCGUUGCAAAAAAAGAGCUAAAAUCGACUGGGUUGGCAGAACUUGAUAACGUCGGUGUACCGGAAAUCCCAAGCUUAGGAAAACGUCCGGUUAAUCGUUAUAUACUGGACGUGACAGACGCACAUAAGUUACGCCCGAAUACUCUGGCGUAUCGAUCUUUGACGCCAGACCCAUUGACUUCGUACAGAUCCCCGACGCCUGAUCAUUUGACUUCGUAUAGAUCUCUUACACCAGAUUGUCCAUCAUACAAAUCUUACCUCACACCGAGAUCUAAAUACACGACAUCGACAAGAUAUGCAGGUUCGUCGGACAGAGAACUAUACGGUGGUAGCAGUAGUAGCCGUAGCAGUAGAAGCAGUAGCCGAUCUAUGAGUCCAUACCCAUCAGAGUCGAGGAUUUCAACCCGAAAUCUUUGGCCUACCAGCAUAGCGGCGUACCGGUGUCUUUCGGAAACAUCCGUUCCUCUCAGCCCAAGGCUUCUGGAAGAAGAGAAGACUUCGGGUUGGUCACACACGAGCUACGGUGCAACCACCCGGAGACGAAGAGGCUCCGACAGUUUUCUGCACGAUUCAGGAGUGCGGGACGGAGAUUAUUAUUCGAGUUGGAGAUUGUAUAACAGUCGGUCGGCCGCGUACGGUGCUACCGAAGACCUGUGCCGGACAAAGGAGGCAUUCAAAGGUUUGUACUUCUGUGUUCGGAUGAUAGAUCAAACUGUAUCGUCUGGCGCUCGAGUUAAGUUCUGGUGUAGCGUCAUCGGCCAUCCAGAACCUCGUAUUCAGUGGUAUCGAGAUGGUCAAAAACUCAACAGUUUUACGUAUAACUCUUCCGCGAGGUAUCAGACAAAAUACGAUGGUGGUUUGGCACAACUGAUAAUUGACAACGCCCAAAGUGGCGAUUCUGGCGAGUAUACGUGUGUGGCUGCGAAUAACAGUGACCGGAUAUCCACUACUGGAUUCCUGACUGUGUAUACGUCACCGUCAGUGUUCAGGAAACCACUGCUACAACCAUCGCUGUCGGUGGACAGUUUCGAAUCCGGUCACGGGGCUUACUCCCGGACCAGUCAUGAUUUGCGGUUACCUACAAACGCCAAGUUCGAUUUUGGAUGCCGGAAAUUUGAAAGUGACUUAGUUAGCAGGCGCCCUGAAUAUCCAAAGUUUGUAUCUAGCAUAAUCGCCGACGACGUAGCGACGUGUGGUGGUACAAUUGCCCUCCAGGUCCGGGUGCAAGGUUCUCCAGUACCGAAUGUGACGUGGAUGCGUGAAUCUAGGCCACUACCACGUUUAUCGGGCAAGUACGUUUACCUGGAUGAAGGUGGGUUGUACACGCUGCUGGUAAUGGACAGCACGACCCGGGAUGGCGGAACGUACGUAUGCCGCGCAUGCAACCUUUAUGGGGCAGCAGAUGCGGAAAAGGCAGUUAGUGUGGUGUCACCGCAGGAUUACUCAGACCGCAGGGGCGUGAAGCCGGCCAUUAUCGUGUCAAGACCUAAUGAUCGACUGAACGUGGCAGUCGGGGAGGACAUUACCGUUACCCUUCGGGUGGCUGGUGAACCGAAACCAAAAGUCAUAUGGAUGAGAGGUUCGAGGGACGUGACAUUCUUCGAUAGAUCGUCAAAGGAAACAGUCAACGACUACGUGAUGCUGUCGAUCAAAAAGGCGCAACCAUCGGACGCCGGGACGUAUUUUAUUAUCGCUAAAAACGUGUACGGGUCUGAUAGGGCGUUUGUCACCGUCGGGGUGAGGGAGCGUGCGAGAUCGUUGACUCCGCCGCGAAUCAGAAAUACGAUCGGCCGGUGGUCGAGACCGAUAGGUGGUAGAGGAGGAAGAGGAGGCUGCGCAAACAACGAGGUUCCAGGCCCCGUGCGCAGCGAACCGACGGUGACGGACCGGACUAACAAUCGGAUAUCGUUGCAGUGGGAUAGACCAGAAAAACCGGAAACCGUGCUCGUGUAUAGGGUAGAGACGCGAUCGGCGGACGAAGAAUGCUGGCGGCCGGUUGGCAUGACUCCUACCAACACCAUAGACGUUUAUAACCUGAAACCCGGUUACCGGUACCAAUUCCGAGUGGCAGCUCGCAACAGAUUCGGAUGGAGCCAGUCGGUGGCUGCUAAGGGAUACGUGGACGUGUUCGAACCAAAAUGUCUACCGGAAUUCCGUCAACCGUUACCUGGGCAAACCAGAGUUUUACUGCGUCACAGUGCAACUUUACAAUGUCACGUUCGAGGUAUUCCGGAGCCGCGGGUGACGUGGUUUAAAGACGGCGAACCGUUGCUAGCGUCGGACAGACAUGCGGUCCGGCGCACGGACACAGGAAAGUGUACUUUGACGAUCGAGGAUGCGGCAGAAGAGGAUGCGGGUCGCUACUCUUGCGAAGCUGUUAACGAUCAGGGGAGAGUGUGCACGUUGACCGUCGUCCAAGUGAUAGCCAACCGCAGAAUCGUGGAGGCGGAACGGAGACUCCAAGGGUGUUUGAUGAAAAACAACAAUUUUAAGGAGUCAGCGCCGGUGUUCACCAAACAUCUGAUUGACCGCAGAGUGGAAAUAAACUCUACGGUCCGAUUAUCGUGUCAAGUAAACGGGUUGCCCGUGCCGUUGGUUUUGUGGUACAAGGACGGUCAACCAUUAGACUUUUCGGUAGGUGGAACGGAGGGCGACAGGAAACCGCCAGUCAGGGACGAUUCGGACGACUUUUACACCCUGGAACUGACCGGAGUCAAAUACGACGACAGCGGUGCUUACGCGGCGGUGGCAUCCAACGCGAUCGGAAAGGCAUCCACUCGGUGCGUUCUGGAAGUGUUCAACAAGAACCGAACCGAUCCAGCAGUACCUACGUUCAUUUUCGGUCUGCCAACAACCAGCAAAGCUGUGGACUCGAUCGUUUUGAGCGCACAAAUCGAUGCGUUCCGUCCCGUCAAAGUAGAAUGGUUCAGAGACGGUGUUCAAUUAAGAAACGGACGGAGGGUAGACAUUAUUACUGAUCACGACGGAAAUCUAGAACUUAGGAUAGCGUGUGUAACAAUUCGGGAUUCGGGUACUUAUAUGUUAAGGGUAUCUAAUGACACAGGUACGGUAGAAAGUCGGUGCGAUGUCAAUGUAGUGGAACGUGAACAUAACGACACGGGAAUGGAACAGAUCUCUUUGAUUAAUCAUUUAUAUUCAAAAAAACCAAAAUUCGUCGUAAAACCAAAAUUUCAAGAAGUCGAAGAAGGCCAAGAAGUAAUUAUCGAUUCAGAGAUCGUGGGUGAUCCUUUACCGAAAAUUACGUGGCUCAGGGACGGUUUAAAGCCGGAAUAUUAUCGAGACAAUUCUGAGUUUUUGUGCAUAUCCAACGGAAAUCGUUAUCAGCUGAAAAUUCCUCACGCCAAACUGACACAUACGGGGACAUACACGUUAUUAGCCGCUAAUCCGCAUGGACAGAUCAAAGCACUAAUAUCUCUCCAAGUCUACUCGACAGGACACUGCAAGAAAAAAAUGGAAAAUGGGACCAACCACGCAACGGUGGAAAGGUUACCGAGAAUAAGUCGGGGGCUAGUCGACAUAGAGUGCCGGGAAAACGACGGCGUAACGUUUGAGUGCAAGUUGAAUAUCACGCAAGAGACGGACAUAAGAUGGCAAAAAGACGGCAAAUUGGUCAGAUUAGGCAAACAGAUUAAGUCUCAGCUGAUUGAUGGUGACACGGCUCGUCUCGAAAUAUCCACGGUAAGUCCGCUACACGAAGGACUAUACACCUGUACAGCUUUCAACGAACUCGGUCAAGACUCGACAUCGGCGCGCCUGAUAUUGUUGUCAGAUUCGCAAGAGACCGCUAAAUUACCUCAGUCGAACGGACAGCAGAACACCAUGAUUGGUUCGCCAAUACUAGCAGGUGAGUCGAACGAUCGGUGUACAAAACGGUUGAAGCGAAGCAGUGCGCCGAAAUUUUACGCCGUACUACAUGACCGAAUUGCAGACAUCGGUGAAACUGUUCGAUUCCAGUGCAGUGUGUCAGGUCACCCACCACCGUGGUCAUCUUGGGAAAAAGAUGGCCAGCCUAUCGGCGUCAAUAGCAGGAUGAGAAUUCGCGAAGAUGACGACUAUCGAUCGUUGGAGAUAUGCGAUGUCACUUCUGAUGACACAGGUCUCUACAGGAUCACCGUCGAGAACAAAUUUGGAAAAAUCCAAGCUACAGCGCGGCUCGAAGUGUUAACACACAAUCAAAUCACAAAUGACGUACAAAUCACUUCGUCGUCUAACGGCAGGAGACAGUCUGGAUCAGCUGCUUGUGCGGGUGAAAAUUUUACACUCAGCUGUGACAUAAGAGGAAACUCCAUGUCUGACGUUACCUGGUACAAGAAUGACGUCGAAGUCAAGCCCGACGAUAGGGUGACUUCGUCCCUGGACGAUUUGGCAGCUAGACUUUCAAUAUCGAACUUGGAGUCGGCGGACACAGGCGUGUACACGUGUGUGGCGAGGUGCGAGUCUGGCGUAACCAGGUGCUCGACAGAACUGUGUGUAUUUGACACGAAACCGGGCACCGACUCGUAUCUACAACCUCCGAUAUUCGUCGAGGGUCUUGUUCCUAAACGCACCGCUGACGAAGGAGAACCGGUCCAGUUGACCGUAAGACUCCAAGGUGCAGUUCCUAUGAGCGCCUUGUGGUUCAAAAACGACGUGCUCGUUCCCGACUGCGCGGACUUUGAGUACGUGGUGACCGAAGACCGCGGUGAAUUCAGCCUAUCGAUCAUCGACCCUUUUAUCAAGGACAGCGGCAUUUACAGUUGUAAAGUGGCUAACUCGUUUGGUCAGGCCGUUUCUAGUGGAAAACUCGUUAUAAACGAAAUGUCGUCCGGGAAUCAAGUGCCAAUGGUCAUCGAACUUAAUAACAAUCUGCAGGACAUCGGAGAAAAGACUGCGUGUGAUUCCCCGGUCAACACCAAAACCGCACUUCCUGCAUCCAUACUCAGCGGCCCAUGUGACACGACCGUAUUGCGUGGCGCCAAAGUAGUCUUGAAGACGUCGUACAAAGGGGAUCCCGAACCGUGCGUCCAGUGGCUCAGAGCGGGCAAAGUUUUGGAGUCCGACGCACAUUUGUGUAUAACCAACGGACGCGGUGUGUCCAGUUUAACGAUCGACUCGAUUACAGCCGACGAUUGUGGCAAGUACGUCGUCCGUGUUGACAACGGACACGGCAACGAUUUCCACUUCGCAUCGGUCGCCGUCGAAGGACCUCCAGACCCACCAGCCGGUAGACCUGUUGUCUCCGUGUCAGAGACUAGCGCGGACGUAACGUGGUCGAGUCCAGCGUACGACGGCGGGUGUAUGGUCACCGGUUACGGCGUGGAAGUCCGACCGUUCAACCAGUCCGAUUGGAAACUAGUAGCCGACAAGUGUCACUCGUUAUCACACAUUGUUCGGGGUCUGGCACCCGGCGAGUCGUACGUGUUCAGAGUCCGAGCGGAAAAUAUGCAUGGAUCGAGCGAAGCGAGCUUAGAAUCUACACCAGUUUACAUACUACAAACUGAUUAUGGAAAUACGCUUUGGCCAAAAACGGUUAAUAUAGAAAAUGGUGAUCUGUUUGAUAAACAAUACGAAAUGCUGGAUGAACUUGGCAAAGGCAGAUAUGGGGUCGUGUAUAAAGUGAAAGAACGCGAGACCAAUAAAUAUUACGCCGCCAAGUUCGUAAGGUGCAUUAAAUCAACAGACAAGGAAAAAGCGCAAGAAGAAGUGGACAUAAUGAACUGUCUGCGACACCCGAAACUCUUACAGCUCGACGCGGCUUUCGACAAGCCCAGGGAAGUGGUAUUGGUUACCGAAUACAUUUCUGGCGGUGAGCUGUUCGAAAGAGUUGUAGCCGAUGACUUCACGCUCACAGAAAAAGAUUGCAUUCUAUUUACCAGACAGAUAUGCGAAGGCGUAGACUACAUGCACAAACAGAAUGUCGUGCACUUGGAUUUAAAGCCGGAAAACAUUAUGUGUCAGUCGCGGACUUCACACUACAUCAAGCUCAUUGACUUCGGAUUGGCGCAGAAAAUCAUACCGGGACAGCCGAUGCGAGUGCUGUUCGGCACGCCCGAGUUUAUCCCACCCGAAAUCAUUGGCUACGAACCAAUCGGCUUCGAAUCGGAUAUGUGGUCUGUGGGAGUCAUCUGCUACGUAUUAUUAUCCGGCCUGUCACCGUUCAUGGGAGACAACGACUCUGAAACGUUCACCAAUAUAACAAAAGCAGAGUUUGACUUCGAUGACGAGGCAUUCGACGCCGUCUCUCAAGACGCCAAAGACUUCAUAAGUGCGCUGUUGAUCAAACGCAAAGAGUUAAGACUUACUGCCAGAGAAUGCCUGAAACACAAGUGGCUGGCACAACAGGACAUGGACAUGAGUUGCGUGAUCUUGAGUACGGAUAAACUUAAAAAAUUCAUUAUUCGACGAAAAUGGCAGAAAACGGGCAACGCAAUACGUGCCCUGGGCAGGAUGGCCACUCUGUCAGCGGCUAGUAGACGCGGUGUCGUCGGGGGUGGCAGUGCUGGAGGAGGAGUGGGAGGAGUAACGGCAGAUGGGAAUGGAGCUAGAAGCAUUUUACAAAAAUUAAAAAUGACCAGUCUAAGAGAAGAAGAGUCGACCGUUGAGUCACCUUCGGAAGGACAAGAAAUAACGAUAACCGAAACGACGAAAAGUGGCAGUUGUCAUAAGGCGUGUGAUGAUCGUAGCGACAGUGGCUUUAGCGAAUGUCCAUCUGUAGCGUCUCCAACUGCGAUGCUCAUCCGGACGCCCGAGUGUCAAUCUGUCAUAUCCGAAGAAAAGCCACCAGUUUCUAACCCGGACUGUUCUCCUCCACCACCCACUCAUCGUUCUCCACCAACAAUCACUGAUCGUCAUUCUUCUCUUGCUACUCUUCGUCCUUCUUCUCCUGCUACUCUUCGUCCUUCUUCUCCUGCUACUCUUCGUCCUUCUUCUCCUGCUACUCUUCGACCUUCUUCACCUGCCGCUCGUCGUACUCUUUCUCCAGCAAAUCGUUGCCCCUCGACAUCUACAACUUGUAGCCCCUCGUCUCCUGCAACCCACGGUUCAUCUUCUCCAGCCACUCGUGGUCCAUCUUCUCCAGCCGUUCGUGGUUCAUCUUACUCAGCCACCCGUGGAUCUUCUCAUACACCUCACCCCCGUUCUCCUCUACCGCGAAACCGCCAUGACACCACUCAUCCCAUUCACGAUGUACCGCUUCCCACAGGUACCGGAGUUAGUGUGCUCAAGACGAACCGGAUGAUCUUCGACGGCGGACGGCGCGAUGGCAGUGCAUCGUCGGCUGGCAUGAGCGUCAGUGGUGGCGUUCAGCGCAAGGAACCCAUUCGCAUACAGACGGCCGACAAUUUCAAAAAGGCCGUCGCCUUUUGGAAACAGUGAAAUAUUUAUAUUAUUUUAUAACAAUACACGGUGAUAACGUCACCCUCUUCGAUAGGGUGUGUUUUUUUUCUUUAACUAAUCAUAAUACGCUAUUAUUGAACUAUUAUUAUACAUCUAUUAUUAUAUACCUACCAACUCAUACCGUUACGGAUAGCAAGACAUCUCGUUUUUACUUUUCAACUGUUUUGUUUUUUUUUUUAAAUUUAUUUUUAUUUUAUACUUAAGAUAUUUUAUUUUACGUGUUAUUUAAUUAUUGCCAAAGCUUAGACAUUUAAUUCAUAAGUGUACAUAAUAUGAUUAUCACAUAGCGGUUUGAUAUAAUUAUAUGAACCGUUUUUCGCAUUUCAUAAUGUUUUAAUUAUACAUUUAUACUCACGUGCCAUUGGCCGUAUGCCGUUUAUACAAAUAUUAUUACUAUUUUAUAUAUAUAUAUAUAUAUAUAUAUAAAUUAUACUACCUAUUUUAUCCAUCAUCGUGUCUAGCUCAUUAUUACAGAACUAGGUCUGUGUUAUUGUUAUAUCAUUGGCGUCAUUAAUUAUCAAAUUUUUAUAAGUCUGCUUUUUAUUGUUCGCCGUCGGGAUGUUUGUAUUUUUAUGUUCUUUUUGUGUGUAAACUUUUACAAUAAAUUAUACAUAUUAAAUAAUUAAUUAUAGCAAUUAGUGAUUUAUGUAGUAUGAAAAUUAUAAUAUACAACUCUUCCGGUCUUAUA